GAAAAAACAAACACCAGGUGAUAGGUUCGUCCUCAGGACCACGUUUGGCUACGUCUAAAACGUGGUAUUUUGCAGGAGGAAGGGCAAAACGCUGGAGAGGGGGUGGUGGAGGAGCGCCAUGGGGGACCGGGAAGGGGGGGAGCACGAGAAGGAUCUAGCGAUUGCAACGCCCCAGCAGAGCCCCAGGCCGGUGGCGCGGGAGGGCACACCCAUCGGGCCCCCUAGCGCCUCUGAGGGUGCUGGGGCCGCCUCCCCCAGCUGCCUCCACGUCCAGGCCCGUCGGGGUGAUGGCGCAAGGCUCUGCCUCCCGCCCCCCUCUCCCCCCGCCCGCAGCGACAGCAGCCGCGGUGACAAAAUGGCAGCCCGGCGGUCGUGCCACGAGCGAGCGGGGCCCUGGCGGCCGCCCCUGCCCCCCAAUAAUGCCUCGGCGCCCUUGGGGGCUCGGCCUCGGGCGGGUCUGGCUGUUAAAAAAAAUAAUAAAACACCUCGAGCUCCGAACCAGCUCCGGACGCCCCACGGCCGGCCCCGGGGACCCAGCCCAGGCGCCCGCGCCCCGGCCGGCCAGCACCGGCCCGCGCCCUCCGCCGGGGCCGCGGGGAGCCGGGCGCCGCAUGGGGGCCCCGCCGGCCGCGGAGGGGGAGGGGCGGGGCGGGCCGGGCGCCGGGAAACAUGGCUGCUCGUCCAGUUCCAGCGGCGCGGCGCGGCGGCCGCGGCCGCGGCCCCGGAGCGGAGUUGGGAGAGGCUCGCCAGAGGCUCCCGCGCCGGCGGAAUUCAAUCAAUAAACCCCGAACCCACGGCCGCGCGUUUUAGGACUUUGAAGGCUCAACCAGCUCCGCUCGGUUCUCGAGCCCCCAGCACCCGCGGCGCACACAAACCCGAUCGCUGUAGAGGCGGGAUUUGCGGCCUCGAGAAUGAGCGGCAGGAGCUUCAGCCAAUCGCCGCCGAGGAUCUCCGGGCAGCAGCCAGUGGCGGCAGCGGCGGCGGGGGAAGGGACCAAUGGGCGGGCUGCGCAGCCGGCCAGGGCGGCUCAGCCAUUUGGUUGUGGUGCCGGAGACGGACCCCUUUAGAUUUCUGGGCGGCAGAGGAGCGCGGCCGCUGCUCCGUGGCUGAACGAGGGGGAUGGGAUGGAUGGCGGGGGAAGGGAAGGUGACUACCUCGAGAGCCAAGCCGCCCGGCCUCGCCAGCCCGCCGCCGCCUCGGUGUUUGGCCGGGGGCGGGGCCGCAGGUGCGUUAUACCCGGGGGAGGGGCGCGGCCGGAGGGGUCGGACAGGGGUCCCUGCAGGGCCGGGCCUCGCUGGGCCGCCCUCGGCCCGCGCGCCACCCCAGGGGGUUGCGGAAGAAGGCUGUUGGCGCGAGGUUUGGGAGUCGCGGGCUGCUGGGCAGGCGGAAGGAUAAAAGGCCUGGGAAGAGGGGGGGAUCAAGGGUGCAGCAAAAGGUGUGUUGGGGGGGGGGGAGGCUGAUCAUUUUUUGGGUCCGGCGGGCGGAGCUGGUGGGACUUGGCAGCCGCCCCCCUUAUCCGAGGGCUCGCAUCCCCGGCUCACAGCCCGCGUGCCCCUUCUCCACCCUCGUCCUAGUCCAGCCGCCGCGGCCAUCGCCGCCCCUCGAGUAAUUAAGUAAAUAAAAGCAAGUCGCGUCCACCUUUGGAUGACUAACCUCGUGGUCUCGGCCCUUGCCACGGAGGGGCAUUUCAAAUUGCUGUCAUAUAAGGUCAGUUUGGGAGGCGUGAUCACCAAAAAGGCGCCCAGGAUCUUGUUUAGUCAAUGAAUGAAGACCAAGGCUUAAGAAUUGUGUACGUAUAGGAUAUUAAAAGGUGGGAAAGGAAGGUGCUAACGACUUCUGCUUUCCUGGACCAAACAUAACUUAUGGGCUUUAUAGACCCAAGGAAAGAAAACGGCGCACAGUUUAGUCUAAUCGUCCACCUGGGUCAUAUGGUUCAACUUGGGUUGCCAAAGGCUCUAUUUGGAGCACUUUAUCAGGCCUUUUAUCAGACCUUUCGGUUUGUUUGCUUUGGGUUUUUCGAAUCACAAUCGUAAGAGACCUUAAAACCCUAAUUCCUGCUGUGUUACCAACCUCUAUGUGCAGGCCCAAGAUCUUGGCUGCCUGUGGUUGUUCAUAAAUCAUGGGGGUUAUUAUAAACAGGGAAAGAUACAUCUUGACCCUUCCAUACAACUGUUUUUAAAUGCUUUUAUUUCUACAUGGCUAGACUCUCUCACUGUAAGGAAGUUUUUUUCUGUUUGGAUACAUGUGUUUCUUUUUCAGGGAAGUGGGUUCAAGGGACAGAUAAAUCAGUAUGUAUGUUGCAAAUUUGAAAUGUUGUUACAUAACACCAAUACAGUUUCAUUCGUGGGCAUAUAAAGUUUAGGAGGAAAUAAAAAGUGACAGAAUGUAAAUAAAACACAUACAGAAUGCCUGCUCUGGGGAAGAAACUUGUAGUAACUUUAAUAUUGUAACCUGAUGGGUUACAAAAGUAUUAUAAAAUCCUGCGACUAAGCAUUUUGCUCAGUAAAUUCUUUAAGAUAAAAUAAGUGAAAUUUGAAAAGUGAUCGUGUUCUUUGAGUAGCUUGGAAAUGAGGAAUAAAAAAUUAAAAGUCAUUGUUUAUUAUGGGAAUAAAUAGUAUAGAGUAGUUUAUUUGACUUGACUUAGCUGACAUACGUCUUCCUCAGUGUUGCUAAUCUUAUUGAAGUCAAUUUGUUAUUUUGAAUUUAUUCUUUUUAAAGUUGUACUGGCUUUGUUAUAAAAUGUACUAGAACC